AUGUCCUCCUCAGAAACCCCCGAAAUCUGCCAACUCCUCCACUACGCCCGUCUACACGGCCUCGCAAGCAAAACCGAAUCAUCCCUGGGACCCACAGUCGGCGAUAACUACCGAGAAAACUACGCGACGUUUCUCAAUGCUCUGAAUGUGCAGAGACUUGACAUCUCAAUUGCGGCGAAGGAUCUCCUGGCUUCUGUGUUGAAAGAAGAGAUGGUCGAUACUCGGGUGGAAUGGGAGAAUAUACUUCCUCCGGCGCCUGUUAUUGGAGGUCAAAGCGAUAUAGUACUGUUCGUUACGGAGAAGGAAGAAGGUGAACACACUGCAAAUAAACAGAAAGUGUCUCGGACCUAG